AAGUUCUUUUUUGCCAUAUAAAGUAAUAUUCACAGGUUCCAGGGAUUAGGAUGUGGAUGUCUUUUGGGGACCAUUAUUCAGCGUACCACAGACCUUACUGCCUGUUCACUCGUUCUUCUUUUUUUCUGUCUCAUCCUUUUUCUUCUGUCCUAUUUUUAUUCUUUUUUAUCUUCAGAAGCACAGAGUAGCAAAUAGAUUGGGUGUGUAUGAUCUGAAUAUGUGAUCAGGAGUUGAGUGGAUAUGGUACGGGUCAGUAAGUGAGCCUUAUUGUCCUCACUAUCCUAUUAUGUUCACAAUAACUUUUUGUUGUUGUUGAAUUGACAGUAAUAGUAUCUUUGUUAAUUUUCAACACCCUUUAUCAAAGCAAUUAUUGACUUUUGGAUUUAAGUAUUUGUGUUAAUAUUAUGAAAUUUCUUUCAGAUUUAAAGCAUUUGUUGAUUAGGUUGGCAGGCAUUGAUAUUGAGAAAAUAGCUAAAUAGCUACUAGCAUUGUUUCAAAAUUAAUUUUACUUUAAGUGAGUUUUCUUUUUCUUUUCAUAUUUGUAUUUUAUUUCAGUGAUAGCUCAGACUUGAAUUUAAUGAAGGGAAACAGAAUGGAAGAGUUGGCAGAGUCUCAUCCAAAAGUCCACUGUUGAGAGACCUAUGAGUUUUGGGCAAACAACAACAUUUUGGGCCGCAAUUUUCUACAAUCUAUAAUAAAGGAGUUGAAUUAUGUGAUUGGUAAAUUCCCUUCUAACUCUGAAAGCUGCUGUUCUGGUAUUUAGUAUAAGGGAUUUAAAAACCAACAAACAGUCAGACAAACAACAAAUAUGAUCUAAUUUGAACUAUUUAGGGAAAAAAAUCAUAUUGGCAAGAUUUUUUUGAAAUAACUGUGCUUUUUUUUUUUCCUUUUAUAGAUGGACCACACAUCCCCGACCUACAUGCUUGCUAACUUAACCCACUUACAUUCUGAGCAACUUCUGCAGGGCUUGAAUCUUCUUCGUCAACAUCAUGAACUCUGUGACAUCAUUCUUCGAGUAGGUGAUGUUAAAAUUUAUGCUCACAAAGUGGUACUUGCCAGCAUCAGCCCAUAUUUCAAAGCCAUGUUCACUGGAAACCUUUCUGAAAAAGAGAACAGUGAAGUUGAGUUUCAGUGCAUUGAUGAAACUGCUCUCCAGGCCAUUGUGGAAUAUGCCUAUACAGGGACUGUUUUUAUUUCUCAGGACACAGUUGAAUCUCUCCUUCCAGCAGCAAACCUACUCCAGAUAAAACUUGUCCUGAAAGAAUGUUGUGCAUUUCUUGAAAGCCAACUUGAUCCUGGUAACUGUAUUGGAAUUUCUCGAUUUGCAGAGACGUAUGGUUGUCAUGACCUUUAUUUGGCAGCCACUAAGUAUAUAUGCCAGAAUUUUGAAGCUGUUUGCCAGACUGAAGAGUUUUUUGAGUUAACCCAUGCUGAUUUGGAUGAAAUUGUUUCCAAUGACUGUUUGAAUGUAGCUACUGAAGAGACUGUUUUUUAUGCACUAGAGUCUUGGAUUAAGUAUGACGUACAAGAACGCCAGAAAUACUUAGCACAGCUACUUAACAGUGUGCGAUUACCAUUGCUGAGUGUUAAGUUUCUCACUAGACUAUAUGAAGCAAAUCAUCUUAUUCGUGAUGAUCGUACUUGUAAACAUCUUUUGAAUGAAGCCCUAAAGUACCACUUUAUGCCUGAACAUAGACUCUCUCAUCAGACAGUCUUGAUGACACGACCUCGCUGUGCUCCCAAAGUACUUUGUGCAGUAGGAGGAAAAUCUGGACUGUUUACUUGUUUGGAUAGUGUGGAGAUGUAUUUUCCUCAAAAUGACUCUUGGAUUGGUUUGGCACCCCUAAACAUUCCUCGCUAUGAAUUUGGAAUAUGCGUUUUAGACCAAAAAGUGUAUGUUAUAGGUGGUAUUGAAACUAAUGUUUUGCGUGCUGGCAUCACUGUCAGAAAACAUGAAAAUUCAGUAGAAUGUUGGAAUCCUGAUACAAAUACCUGGACUUCUCUAGAGAGAAUGAAUGAGAGCCGAAGUACUCUUGGAGUGGUAGUACUUGCAGGAGAACUUUAUGCUUUAGGUGGUUAUGAUGGACAAUCUUAUUUACAAUCUGUAGAGAAGUAUAUUCCCAAAAUAAGAAAAUGGCAACCUGUAGCACCAAUGACUACAACAAGAAGUUGUUUUGCUGCAGCCGUAUUGGAUGGAAUGAUAUAUGCUAUUGGUGGGUAUGGUCCUGCCCACAUGAACAGUGUGGAGCGUUAUGAUCCAAGUAAGGACUCCUGGGAAAUGGUUGCAUCCAUGGCAGAUAAAAGAAUUCACUUUGGCGUGGGUGUAAUGCUAGGCUUUAUUUUUGUGGUGGGCGGACAUAACGGUGUUUCACAUUUGUCAAGCAUUGAAAGAUAUGACCCUCAUCAAAAUCAGUGGACUGUGUGUAGACCGAUGAAAGAACCCAGAACAGGAGUUGGUGCUGCAGUAAUUGAUAACUACCUUUAUGUAGUCGGUGGUCACUCUGGGUCAUCCUAUCUCAACACCGUGCAGAAAUAUGACCCUAUCUCAGAUGUGUGGCUGGAUUCAGCUGGCAUGAUAUACUGUCGCUGUAACUUUGGAUUGACUGCACUUUGACAAGCGUGAAUUUGUGGAAAUAGUAUGGUGGCGAAACUUGUGCCACAUGAAAAGAUGACCAGUUUUCGAGACCCAAAAGCUGCAUUGCUUUCUUUAACUUGAAGUGACUUGAAGACUCAAAAUUUUGUUGGGUACUUUGAUUUGACAAGUAGCUUUGGUUGCUCUUGAUUACACAGUAAAUCAAUAAUCAAAAAAAAAAAAAAUUAAGGAAAAAC